AUGGAUAAUGCAAGUCAAGUAAACAUAACUCCAAUGGAGGACUGUGCGAAUUCUUCUAGACUUGCUGGUGAAUUCUCAAACUGCUACAACAUCUUUCCAGACCUGGAGGACAGCACCAAGCUGGUGGGAGUGCAAGUGAUCCUCAUCCUGGCUUACAGCACCAUCAUCCUGUUCGGAGUCAUCGGAAACUCCCUGGUGAUAUACGUGGUGUACAAGUUCAAAACUCUGCACACCGUCACCAAUUUUUUCAUCGUGAACCUGGCUGUGGCGGAUCUGCUGGUGAAUACUCUAUGUCUGCCCUUUACUUUGAUCAAUACUCUCCAUGGAGAGUGGAGGUUUGGCCAGGCGUUGUGCUUCAUACUGCCCUUCUCCCAAGGCAUGUCCGUGCACGUUUCCACCAUCACGCUCAACAUCAUCGCCCUGGACCGCCACCGGAGCAUCGUCUACCACCUGGAGACCAAGAUGUCCAAGGAAAUGUGUGCCGCCGUCAUCGUCAUGACGUGGGCCAUAAGCGCGGUCCUGGCCAGCCCGCUCGCCAUCUUCCGGGAGUACGGGACGUUUGACCUUUCGCCUGAGCAGUCCAUUCAGGUUUGCACGGAAAAGUGGCCAGGGAGCGGCAUGGACGGGACCAUCUAUAGUAUCUCCAUGCUCCUGCUCCAGUACUGCCUGCCGCUGGCCAUCAACUCCUUCGCCUACAUCCGCAUCUGGAGUAAGCUGAAGAACCACGUGAGUCCGGCAGGGAGGAACAACCGCAACCAGCGCAAGAGGAAGACCACUAAGAUGCUGGUGAUCGUGGUGGUGGUGUUUGCAGUGAGUUGGUUGCCUCUCCACGCCUUCCAGCUGGCCAUUGACAUUGACAACAGUGUCUUGGACAUGAAAGACUUCAAGCUGCUUUUCACCAUGUUCCACAUCGUGGCCAUGUGCUCGACCUUUGUCAACCCCAUCCUCUACGGGUGGAUGAACAACAACUACCGGACUGCGUUUCUGUCCGUGUGUAAGUGCAGCCAACCUGUCAAUUCUGGGUCGAGGAGCAUCAUGAGCAGAAAGACACUGAGGGAAAAGGACAUGAGCGAUACAGAUUUCCAAGCGACUAAAGUCUGA